AUGACAGGCAAAGAAGCUCCAGGCAAGACAGCCCCAGGAUCCGGCUACAUCCCACCCCCCGAGCUCCAAGAAAUCCCCAUCCCAAGAAGCUACUCCGACAUCCCAUGGACAGAGAUCAAAAUCAGCAAUGUCCCCGAGUCUGCAGAAGAAGAGGUCACGCCCGUCGUGCUGGUCACGCUCUACCGACCGACCAAGUACAAUGCCUUCACACCCACCAUGAUGCGCGAGCUCGAACACGCCUACACCCUCUUCGACAUUGACGACCGCGUGAAAUGUAUCGUCCAAACCGGCCAUGGGAAGAUGUUUUGCGCGGGCGCAGACCUAGACACAGGCUUCGUCGGGAACGAAGAGGCGGUUCGAGACCACCGGGACGGAGGCGGGAGAGUAGCCAUGGCGAUCAACAGAUGCAGGAAGCCUACCAUAGGAGCUGUACAGGGCAGUGCCGUAGGCAUCGGAAUCACAAUGACAUUGCCAAUGAACAUCAGGAUUGCAUGGCAGGACGCAAAGAUCGGAUUCGUCUUCGCCAGGAGAGGGCUGAUCAUGGAGGCUGCGAGCAGUUUCUUCCUGCCGAGACUGAUUGGGUAUGCAAGAGGUGAUGUUGAAGUGAAGGGACUCAAAGGCUGACACCGACGAUAGUGUCUCCAAAGCUCUCCAUCUCUGCACGACCGGAGCAGUAUACCCCGCGAAACACCAUCUCCUUGACGAUCUAUUCACCGAAGUCCUUCCCACACAAGACGCAGUCCUGCCGCGUGCCCUCGAACUAGCCGACGAAAUCGUAAAGAACUGCAGCGGUGUGUCGACGUACAUGAUGAAGGAGCUGAUGUUCCGGGGGCCUGGAAACCCAGAGGCCACGCACUUGCUCGACAGCCGGAUUGUGUACGAGCUCUUCAGCAGCAAGGACAAUAAAGAGGGCGUCGCUGCUUUCUUGCAGAAGCGACCGGUCGAUUUCAAGGGUACUAUGAAGAACGAUGCUCCUUCCGCGUACCCCUGGUGGGACCCGGUAUACACUGGCAACAGACCCGUGAACCAAGGGUACCAGUGGAAGCCCAAGUUGUAG